AGCCAGCCAGCCAGCCAGCCAGCCCCCAAACACUCCGCUCACCGCCCAUCCACACAAUGACCCUCCGCCCAGCCAUCAAGACCGUGUCCUCCGCGACGUCCAUCCCCGGCCUCGCAAUGUCCCGCGAGGCGUCCCUCACCAGCCCGACGCACCACACUGGCUCGGCGGCGGCGACGCUGCUCGCGUCCCCGCGCCCGUCCGUGUCCACCGCGAGCGGAACGAGCACCGGCGCCGGCUUCCCGCGCACCAACACAAUCAACUCGACCGUCGGAGAGAACAAGUACCGCCGCAAGGUCGGAUUCGAGGCGUUUGACACUGGCGCAGACACUUUGUUUACGUUUACUUGUCAGACCAAAUCCGAGGGGUACAAGCGCUCGCGCAACACGCGCGUGUUCCUCGUUGCCGUAUCGCCUGACGAGUCGGGCGAGGAUGCGCUCGACUGGCUCAUGUCCGAGCUGGUCGAGGACGGUGACGAGGUCGUCGCCAUGCGGGUGGUCGAGAUGGGCGAGGAGGAACGCCAAACCAACCCUGCACACCAGGAGCUCCGCGAAGACGCCCAGGACCUGUUAGCCCGGGUACUGCACAAGAAUGACGAAGAGGACGGGCGCAAGAUCUCGGUGAUUGUCGAGGUCGUCGUAGGACACGUCCCAGACAUGAUUCUCAAGAUGAUCGCCCUCUACCGUCCCGACUCCCUCAUCGUCGGCACAAAGGGCCAGCGAUCGCGUCUCCAGAACUGGGGCAAGCGCCUCGGCGCGCCGGGUAUGGGCUCCAUCUCGCGCUUUGCAGUGUCGCACUCGCCCAUCCCCGUCGUCGUCGUGCGCCCCGAACGCAAGGUCAAGAAGACAAUGAAGCGCCGAGAGGACAAGGGUAAGCGCGGCCAGUACGCCGCGCUCGUCGGCCCCGACGACAACAUGCUCUCGCGCAGCCGAUCCCGCGAGCGCAGCCGCGAGCGCUCGCGCGGCCGAAGCUCUGAGCGGGGCGGCAUCAGCGACUAGGCUGAGCAACCGACGCUGCUGUUUGUCUGUUCGUUGUACUUCUACCGCUACUGCCUGCUCCAAGCGCCGGGUUCUAAUGCUGCUGCUGCGCGCCGUGCGUGCCAUGCGCUUGCCAUGCCAUGCUCCACACGACUGCACGCCGCGCCCCUGCCCGCCCGCGCGCUGGGUAUCGCAAAUGCAUAAGCUGAUUUGACCGCG